UGCUGGGAAGGCAGAAGCAGGCGGAGCCGAGCGCGGAGCCACCAGCCGGCCCCGCCUCCUCCGCGCUGGUCUCCGCCUGGGGAAGCGGAAGCCGGAGGCGCCGAGGCAAAGAACGCGCGGAAACGAGUCGCUGAGCCGACUGCCUGCCUGCCUUGCUUUGCUUUAAGAUCUGCGGUCUUAGCGGAGCCAGACCAGGGAUUCAGCUGAGGUCAAGUUGGGAGCCAGACCCUGUUCUUUCCCCAUGGGGAGCAACCCUUAUCAACGGCAACACGUGUCCUGGAAAAAGCCUGAUGGCUUUGAGCCUGGGUUGGAAAGUAUUCGUACUAUUUCCCGCAAACUGCUGUAGUUUCCUUCCAAAGACUGUGAGAAGCAGUGGUCUUUCCUUGUUUCCUUGGGGCCACUGCCCCUGGAGAGGAGCUGGAAGCUUUUUGGACUCUGAGAUGAAAGCUUUCCUGGAAGAAAACACUGACGUCACCAGCAGUGGCAGCCUCACCCCUGAGAUCCAGUUGCGGCUUUUGACCCCUAGAUGCAGGUUCUGGUGGGAAAGAGCUGACCUGUGGCCCUACAGUGAUCCUUACUGGGCAAUCUACUGGCCAGGAGGCCAAGCCUUAUCUAGGUAUCUUUUAGAUAAUCCUGACACCGUCAGAGGAAAAUCUGUAUUAGAUCUUGGGAGUGGAUGUGGAGCUACAGCUAUUGCUGCUAAAAUGAGUGGGGCAUCCAGGAUCUUGGCCAACGACAUAGACCCUCUUGCAGGAAUGGCUGUUACACUAAAUUGUGAAUUGAACCAACUGAAUCCUUUUCCCAUUUUAACCCAAAACAUUUUGGAUUUAGAACAAGGUAAGUGGGACCUUGUUCUUCUUGGAGAUAUGUUUUAUGAUGAAGACCUUGCAGACAGUCUUCAUCAAUGGCUGAAGAAGUGCUUUUGGACCUACAAAACUCGAGUACUGAUUGGUGACCCUGGGCGACCCCAAUUCAGUGGACACAGCAUUCAGAAUCAACUGCACAAAGUAGUAGAAUAUUCGCUUCCAGAGCCUACUAGGCAGGAAAACAAUGGACUGACGACAAGCACAGUGUGGGACUUUCAGCCUUAAGUUCUCAAAGUGCUCCUAAGUAUGGAUAUAGCCAUGUUUGAGUUUAACCCUAAGAGUCUUCCCCAUAAGGUCUGUCUUCCAGUUGAAAAACUAUAAUUACUAUUGAAUGGCAAAUCUUGUUUCCAGAAUAUGAAGGGUUAAAAUUUUGUCAGCUUUUGUUGUGUAACUAAUUCUGCUAUUCUUUUCAUGCCAAUUGCAAUUUUUUUCCCUAGUUUUAUUGCUGUAGGAAUAUGAUUAUAUAAGGCAAUACAUAAUGGUGCUACCAUGUAAUUUAAGUCAUGAAGAGAAACUAGAUAUUGUAGCAGAAUUUUUUUUUGUACUUGAGAACAAGUAUGAAUUGAAGAAAAUACAUGUGAACAAAAUAUAAAA